AUCGAUCUUCCCGAGACGCCGCCGCCGCCGCACGGAGGCUAGCGGCGUUAUUUCCUUUGAUCGCUUCGUUUCCUGCCCGGAGGCACAGCCCAUAGCCCUGCUCUCAUGAAGAAUUUCCUUAUGAUACAACAAGCCGUCCGGGAACUGCAUCGCAAGAAGACCAGUUAAGGAUGUACUCCCUCCGUUCUCAAAUAUAAGUCUUUUACACAAGCAAUCCUGAGAAUCUGCGACAACACUUUCCUGAAGUUCAACCAGGGUCACCAAUUCCUUCCUAUCUGCUAACAUCGAGAAGUUUCACCAUGGAGCUGGAGCAAGUUGUCUCAAGCUUCAGUGAAAGGGUACCAGAUGUUGCCAGACCCCACAGAAGAGCAACCACAAGAGCAUCUAUGACUAGCGCUCAAGCAGGGGGAGGAGGGGGAGGAAGUGGGCCAACGCCAGAUCAGCUACAAAGCAAUGCUGGUGGCGGAGGUAACCCUCUGGAUUCUACUGGCGUUCGUAAUGACGCUUCUCGAAGUCCCUUAAACUUACAGAAUGAAAGCACCGUUGACUUCAACAAUGACAGCACCUUUGGCUUUGAUGACAUUCAAUUGGAUGGAAAUGAAGAUGAUCGUAUUGAGGGGUUUGGCAGUGCUCAAGGAAGUGUUGUGCCAAAUGCUCCCAACAGCUCUGUGAAUCCUGGCCAAGAUAGUGUUGUUCCUGAAGUGGAGGUGAAUCCAAACAGCUCUCUGAAUCGUAGCCAAGAUAUUGAAUUUCCUGAAGUGGAUGCAGCAUCUAGUCCCCUCAGCAGCCAAUUGAGUGCUGGAGAACCAACUAAUAUUCCUCAAGAUGAAGCUGAUGACCACGGAGCAACUGGUACUGCAGAAGGUGAUGCUGAUCCAGUGCAACAAGGAGCUACAGCUGGCUCCUCCCCUGAAGCAGGCUUGAAUGUGGAGUAUGCUGGCUUUGAGGCUCAUCACAUACCAAACAGUAGUGUCUUUGGCGCCCAGCAUGCUCUAGAAGCGAAGCUGCUGAAAUUUACUAAUCAACAGUAUGCCUGUAUGGUCAUGAAUGGCCAGAAGUUUGAUUUACCUGAUAAUAUUGAUCGAUUGCGCGUUGAUCUCUGCUACAGAAAUGAUGGGUCAGCAGACUCUGAUGUUGAAACUGGCUGGAACUCACGUGCUGCAGCUAACAUCAAACUUGGGGAAACUGAAAUCGAAGUAAAGAAAUUUGUGUAUGCUCAUUGGGUGAAGUGGGUUUUCAAAAGGGAUGCUGAUGUGAUUAUUCACUAUCUAUCUAGUGGAAGAGAGAAGAAGGCAAGCAUCAUUCAGGAGAUAAGGAAGGAAAUCGAGGAGUUGAAGAAAACUCUGGCUCUGCGGAAGGAAGAGCUGAGGAAGCUCGAGCAGGACCACUGAGAUCCCGUACUGCCUAUGUCGACCUGAUACAUGUUACUGAACUGCUUUUGGCUCGUUUUAUCGUACUGCUAGUAUUUUGCGACGGAGAUUGUUAGUAGUAGGCUGUGAAUCUUGGUAUCGGAGGUGGUGGAAACGUGUUUGCAACGUUGACUGUUAGUGGUAGGCAGUGAAUUCUGGAGACGGAGGUGUGUCGGCGUGUUAGCUUCGUACUGCUGUGUGGCUUCGUCAUGGAUCUGAUG